AUGUUUUUAUUUUUAUUUUUUUAACAAAAAAAAAAGGUUAUAGGUUUAGAAAGUAUAUUACUUCCAAAAUCUAGAGAAGAAUUUAAUGACAUAUAUUGUGUUUCAGAAUUAAUGGAAACCGAUCUAUAAUAAAUUAUAAAAUCCGAUCAAUAACUUUCAUUAGAUCAUUGUAAAUUUUUUGUAUAUUAAAUACUUCGUGGUUUAAAAUAUAUUCAUUCUGCUAAUGUUAUACAUAGAGAUUUAAAACCAAGAAAUUUAUUAGUAAAUUCAAAUUGUGAUUUAAAAAUUUGCGAUUUUGGUUUAGCUAGAGCCGUUCCAGAUAUGAAAGCAAAUGAUUUAACAGAUUAUGUAACUACUAGAUGGUAUAGACCUCCUGAAUUAUUACUUUCUUGGACAGAUUAUACAGCAGCAAUGGAUUUAUGGUCUGUAGGUAUUAUUUUUGCUGAAUUAUUAAAAAGAAAACCUUUACUUCCUGGUUCAUCCUCAUCAGAUUAAUUAUUAAGAAUUUUCGAUUUAAUAGGAACUCCAAGUGAGAUUGAAAUAAAUAUGAUACCAUAUGAAGAAUAUAGAAAGUUUAUAAAAGAAUUACCAUAAAGACCAGCAAGACCUCUAGAUAAAGUUUUUAGUAAGGCUCCUGCUGAUGCUAUAGAUUUAAUUUCUAAAAUGUUAACUUUUGAUUUUAAUAAAAGAAUUACAGUUGAAUAAGCUUUACAGCAUCCUUACUUAUCUGAUUUACAUUUACCUGAAGAUGAACCAAGAAGGGAAUAAGUGCCGUUUUAUGAAUUUGAGUUUGAAUAAUAUUCAAAUCUAACAAGAUAAUAAUACAAAGAUUUGGUUUAUGAAGAAAUCUUACUUUAUCAUUAUCCUGAAUUUAAAAAAUAAUAUUUGGACAAAAUAUAAAAAAAUUAAUCUGUUAUGUAACACAUAUUUUAAAAUGCUAAUAAAAAUAUAGUUGAUGAAGAGUUUUCUGAAGAUGAUCCUUAUUAAUGA